AUGGCCAAGAGCCCUUUCCUCGAUUGCAGGUUGCAGCAGUUGACUGUCGCUGUACUUCAGGGCACAGCGAUGGGUGCUGGCAUUGGCCUGGUGUGCGCUUGUGACUAUGUAAUUUCAGUUAAAGGUGCCUUCUUCACCAUGAGCGAAGCAAAGCUUGGAGCAGUUCCCUCUGCAGCAUUGCCGUACAUCACAAGGCGGUGCACUUUCAUCAAGAAUGUGUAUCAGUUGGUUUUGGCUGGUGCCAGAAUAAAUGCAGAGGUUGCAGAGGAAUAUGGAUUUGUUGACAAGGUUGUAGACGAGGCAAAAGAUCUCGAGGUUGAAAGCCAAGCGGUAUGCGAUCGGAUGACGCUUUGUGCGCCUGGUGCUGUGGCUGCCACCAAAGAAGUUGUCAUGAAUACUGUGGGUGUGCCACCCUCCUCUUUCAUGAUGAACUAUGUGGCCAGCAUCGUGGCUGAUAUCCGCAAAGGCCCGGAGAGCAAGGCCGGCAUGGAGGCAGUUCAGAGCAAAUCUCGUCCAAAAUGGGCAGACACCGCAAUUGCGCCGUGA